AAUUUCAGUGUGCGUGUCAUUUCAUCAAGUUCGGCCCGAAAAUCAAUGUGCAACUAACGUACCCACUAAAAGAAAAAUAAAUUAAUUUUAGGUUUUAAGAAUAAAAAAACUUUUUAAACGAUUUUAAACAUGAAGUUUUGUGAUUUGAAGGAUCUACACAUCAAUACAAUAAAAGGUGUGCAAUGGGCAGAGGAUCUAUGGAAUUAUCUGUCCGUUAACAUACAGAAGAGUUACCUCAACUGGGUUGAGCAUGUUAUGGAAUUAAGCAGUGAUUCCCACAUCUACAAUGAAUGGGUGGAUAUUUACAAAAAAGAAUUUGAGAGAUGUGCAGGUGAAUUACUGGGGGAUAUGGAACAUCUUCAUGCCAAGGCCCUUUCCGACGUAGAAGAACUCCUGUCCAAGUUGCAGCGCAUAUGCAGGGAGCUUCGUAUGGAAAUACCUGUCAUAGGAGAAAAUAAUCAUUCUUUGUAUGAAGAAAAGAAGUUGUUAACGAAUAAAGUUGAGGAAUUCGAAUCAUUAUGGAAUAAGCGUAAGGAGGAACUUGCUCAGUUGCAAUCGAAAGAGCUUGCACUGUGCGAUAAGUUGGGUCAAAAUCCGAAAAUCUUUCCGGGCAGUCUGUUGCCAAAACCUGAACAAAUGCUCGACUUGAGGGCACACGUCGAGCAUUUAGAACGUGAAACAUUUGAACGGGAAGAGAAAUACUUUAAGACUAAAGACGAAAUUCUAAAGCUCAUGGAAGAGUUGAAGCUGAGGCCUUCCGGCAGCUUUGAACGCGAAGUUGUAGAUGGGGAUGACUCUAAGUUUCGCGUAACAAAUAAUAAUAUGAAGCAACUAGAUAAUUUUUAUAAAAAACUAGUAAAUUGUAAAGAACACAUGCUGGACGACAUAAAUGGUAGUUGGAACAAAAUUAACAAGCUUUGGAGCAUUAUGGAUGUGGAUGUUGAGCAACGGAAGACAUUCGUUGAUAAUAAUAAAGAAAAGUCAGUAGAAGUUUUAGAUGCCUUAAAAGUAGAGAUCAAACGACUCGAGGCGAUAAGGAUGGAAAACAUUAAAGUGUUAAUCAAAAAAUACAAAACUGAAUUAUUUUUGCUAUUGAAUAAGUGUCAUAAAGAGAAAAUAGAAUUUACGUGCCUAAACGAAGACUUUUAUACAGAUGAACUAAUAGAACAAUUCGAACUUGAACUUCAGAUAUGGAAGAGAUAUUAUGAAGAUAACAAAGUCCUAUUAAAACGCAUCGAAGAUUAUAAACAUUUAUGGGCGGAGGUCGGUGAAUUGGAGAAGAGCACUGAUUCUCCAAAUCGUUACAAAAAUCGAGGUGGCACGUUAUUACAGGAAGAAAGAGAACGCAACAAACUUCAAAAGAAGAUUACACUUCUAGAGAGUGAGUUGCGCGAGAAAGCGACCAGUUUCUUUGAGAGGACGGGCAAGACGUUCUAUACUUGGGGCCAAACAAUUGAUGAAAUGAUUAUGGCUAUUCAUAAUCAACAAGAAAAUGAAAGGAAAGAACGCUUGAGCGCCCGAAAAAUGAGCAGGGACAAAUCGGUGGGAACACCAGGUAGGAGCCCUAGACAGCUAUCAUCAACGUCACUCUUGCCUGCUUUAACUCAGUUAACACCGGAGAAUGCAUCCAAGUGCAAGUUGACGAAAGCAUCAUCUGAAACAAAAAAGAAAUCACGUGUCAACACAAAGACCGCCUCUCCCUCCGUGAAAAGAGGCCCCAAGAAAGUUGUUUCUAGUCGUAUUUCACUAGGUAAAGAAAUUCGGAGAAAAAGAUCCACGGAAGACAAAGAAAACAAAGACAACCAGAAUGAUUAUGAACAAUUCCAGCUGGAGCUGUCACAGAGAAAAAACGCCCGGAGUACUUUGAACUCCAAUACCAUGGAUUUCACGCUUCCCGCAAAAAAUCUAUUUGUCGAGCAAAAAGUGCCGAGCAUCGUAGUGACGCCAGACACUCCACAAACAUUCCAAAAACGUCCAAAUUGUAAGCCUCAAUGAACUCCCAAAAGUUGUCAAGAAAUUUCCCUCGGCCAAUUUUUUUACAAACUUAAUGUUAUUUAUUCAGACUAGGUGUUGAACACCACUAGUUUAAUUUUAUUUCGUUUUAAUAUUAUUGUAUGUUAAAUAUUUUAUUCUUUUGUUUUACCCUAUUGAAAUUAUUGAAUAAUUUAUUCUCAUAAUAAUUACGAUGUAUAAAAUGCUGUUCCAGUAAUUCGGUAUUGUUAAAUGUAUUUUAUUGUACCAACACAUGUAAAAUUGACAAUAAAGUUACUCGAUUUUAAAUUUA